AUGUCAGAAGUCAAGAAUGGUGUUGAGGAGCAGCCAGAACAAAUUGGACAGCAUCAUGAACAGCACCAGACUAGGGAUACUAGGAGUGACCAAUGGCACCUUGCUAUGACACAGGCAGACAAGAUGCAUAAAGCAGGGCUCACAGGAAACGAAGUCUUCAUGGGUGUACAGUCGACAGCGGUCGAUUACACACACGAUGCCAAAGGGGGCUGCUUCGGACCAGGUUAUCGCGUCUCCUUUGGAGAUAACCUUGCCAAGGACGGCAAAAAAGGAGGCCCAGUGAACUGCACUUGGUCAGGCACUUCUGUCGCAGGCAUAUUGGCCGUAUUCUCCAUAUCCUCAAACUACAUCGGCGUGGCGCCCAACGUCUUUUUAGGGACAGCUGAGGAUGCCGCGAAUAUCAUCACCCUUUCUAUUGGGGCUCCAACUCAAUGGCCGCAGCAUCUCCUGGCCCAAGCCGUCUCUUGGAUCGCAGCUAGUGGCAUUGCCACUGUAGAAAAUAGCUUUGCUGGAGGCCAGUCCAAUUUCUCAAUCCCGUCCGCGGGUCGCGGUGUCACAUCAAUCAGCACCUUCUCCCAAGACUUUGUCGGCGACAACUAUGCCUCAUACGGGCCGACAUGGGAGCUUGCAGCGUCGCGAUGGUCAGGAAUCAGGAUCAGCACGCUGAUGUUCUUGACUAAGAGAUUGAACACUUCCGAAUAUGGAGGAGUAAAGAAUCUACAAAUUCAUGGGGAAAAAAUCAUCCGUUUGGUGAAGCCUCAAUCGAGACAACCACUGCUGCACCGCGAAUCCCACACCCGACGCUUUGAGAUAAUGGCGGAUCAAGAGGAGGACUUUAGCUCCUUGCCGCUCAAUGACCGAUUUUCUCACAAGGUGUGGAAGGUGAGGAAAGCAGCAUACGAAGAUGCUGCAAAACAGUUCUCCGUCUCACCGGACGAGACCGAUCCGUGCUUUCGGCCGUUCCUCAACGACCCCAAUCUGUGGAAAUCUGCUGUCACCGACUCCAAUGUCGCCGCACAACAAGAAGCGCUCGCUGCUUUGUGCGCUUUCCUGAAAUUCGGCGGACGCGAUUGCGCCUUGCGGACCCGUGGCCUGACAAUCACGCCCAUGGUGGAAAAGUGUCUAUCAUCAACGAGAGCAGCCACGAAGCAGAACGCCCAAGAGGCUCUACUUCUUUACAUUGAACUCGAUACCGCCGGACCUGUGGUCGAAGACGUUUUACCUGGUCUUGCCAACAAGGUCCCCAAGAACGUGGCUGCUACACUGAACGCCUUGACAGCCAUAUUCCACAACUUUGGAUGCAAAAUAGUUGACCCCAAGCCGGUGCUCAAGACUUUGCCAAAGGUUUUUGGCGCUGCUGACAAAAACGUUCGUGCUGAGGCGACCAACCUCACGGUGGAAUUAUACAGGUGGUUACGAGAAGCCAUGAAGCCCAUGUUCUGGGGUGACCUCAAACCAACCCAACAAACGGAUCUCGAGGCCCAAUUUGACAAGAUCAAGGCUGAGCCCCCACCGAAGCAAGAGCGACUGCUUCGAUCCCAGCAAGCCGCCGCAGAGUCUGCACCAGCUGGUAUAGAUGAUGGCGAGGGCGGAGCAGAGGAUGGCGAGGAAGCGGCUGAGGUCGAUGUCUUUUCGCUUGCUGAGCCAGAGGACAUCACGAAAAAGAUUUCCGCAGACUUUUCCGACAUGCUCGCAUCCUCAAAGUGGAAAGAUAGAAAGGAAGCAGUUGAAGCCUUAUAUCAGGCAGUAAACGUUCCCCGCAUCAAAGACAGCGAUUUCGCCGAAGUAAAUCGCGGCCUCGCCAAGUGUAUGAAGGACGCUAAUGUUGCUGUCGUUACACAAGCGGCGCAGUGUAUCGAACAGCUAGCCAGGGGCCUGCGACAAGGCUAUGGCAAGUACCGAGCGGUUGUAAUGCAGCCUAUUAUGGAUCGCUUGAAAGAAAAGAAAGCGUCAGUUUCAGAUGCCCUUGGAGCUGCCCUAGACGCUGUUUUCGUCUCGACGAGCUUGACCGACUGUCUUGAAGACAUCACUACGUAUCUGAGCAACAAGAAUCCGCAAGUAAAAGAAGGCACAAUGAAGUUUCUGAUUCGGUGCCUCCGGACUACCAGAACUGUUCCCGCCAAGCCUGAGAUUGCCGCCAUUUGCGAAAGUGGCAAGAAAUUGCUUUCAGAGGGCAGCCCCGCGCUUCGAGAUGGCGGUGCUGAGAUUCUUGGAACUGUGAUGAAGAUCCUUGGAGAACGAGCCAUGACUCCAUAUCUGGACGGCCUCGACGAUAUUCGAAAGACGAAGGUGAAAGAGUUCUUCGAGACGGCCGAGGUCAAGGCCAAGGAAAAGCCCAAGCCCGCGCCGGCAGCGAAAGUACCUCCUCCUUCGGCAAAGAAACCACUUGGUGCCAAAAGGCCCGUUGUCAAGAAAGUCGGUGCUCCCGUCAUGCCUGCAGAGGCUCCUACCGCACCAGCACCAGCAGGAUCUAAGCCUGCGGUCGCCGGAAGCAAGCUAGGAGGCCCCAAACCGUCCGGCUUAGCCGCGUUAAAGGCCCCCCAGAAACGGACGCUGGGUGGCCCUGGAGCUUUGUCUCCCCGGCGUCCAGCCGCAGGCCCGCCCGCGACGCCUCCGGUGAUGCCUCCAGAUGACGAACCUGUAGCACCGCCUCCACAGCCCAGAGCUGCGUUGUCCCGGGGACUCGCUGGUCGUUCACUCGCGAAGCCGACCGCAGCUUCAAUCAUGCCUGCCGCUGACUCUCCGCCGCCGGCAAGUGGCCUCACUGCCGCUGAGCGUGCAGAAUUAGAAGAGCUUCGGGCAGCCAACGAAAGACUGUCUCGCCAAGUCGACGAUAUGCGGCAAGAGCGGAAUAAGUUCAUGUCUGAGAUCCAAGAGCUAAAGAACCAGAAUGCUGGCCUCAUAGAAGAUCAUACUAGAGAUGUCCUGAGCGUCAAGGCAAAGGAGACGCAGCUUGUCCGGGCCCGAAGUGACGCCGAGGCGACCGGUCAGGCCAACGAAAGGCUACGACGAGAGCUAGAGCGCUUGAAGAGAGCACUGAGCCUGGCCGAGGGCUUGGGAGCGCAGCCAGGAAUGGGAAGUCCAGUCACGUCACCGACGCACGAUGAUGUCGGUAUCUAUCGCGAUUCAGGGUCGAUGUCCACCGGCCGCAACAGAAUGAGCUUUACUAGUACCGUGUCGGAGGAAAAGGAGAAUGGAGAACUGAGUUACCCGAGGAACAAGCUCAGCCCGGAACUUCGCCGUAGUGGAAGCGGAGCGUCGUCUGGGCGUGGUUCUCCAGCUAGGGGCCUAAGGAGUACUGCACCUUCUGCAUACGAGUCUCUCGAGCCAACCGCAUCAGCAACUCGAGAAAGGCCUGUUUCCACAUUACCGCAGCCUACGAAUGGCGGCGGAGUUGAGAGCUGGAGACGUGCUGCUGAAGUUACAAGCCAACUGAAAGCUCGCAUCGAACAAAUGAAGGCAAGUGAAGCCAAACAAGGCUUUUCUCGACCCUAA